AUGUACGGAAGCGGCCUUGCAUCCGUCGGCCACACCGGCAGAGCAGCGAUCGCACACACGGCCUCCGAGGCUACAGCGUGGACGUCAGAGUCGGCUGUACAGUGCAUGGCGUCUAGCGGACUUAGAGCAUCGAAUAUCGUCCUGGCAACGCUUGGGGUCGUAGCGGGGAGUCGGACGGAAGCUCUGACAGUAGACGCAGCAGCUGUGAGUGUCAUGAGCCCAGCAAACCUUGCAGGCACAGCCUCUCUUGUCAUGACCGUGUACGGGAGCCAGCUUGGCGCAUACGACGGCACGGGACAAGCGCGCGUGGGCUACACCUCGUGUGAGAGCACGCAGUGGCAGUCGAGCACAUCGAUGCCUUGCCGAGCCAGCGCAGGAGUAGCCGGCUCGACCCGAGCCUCGCUGACAGCGGGGUAUCAAGUCGGGACCUCGACCGGUAUAUUGAGUUUGGACUCUGACUUGAUAAGCGGCGCCUUGCGGAGGAACGCCGCAAGCUCGGGCUCGAUCAGCGCGACGAUUCAGGGGACCUUUUUCGGUCAUGCCGUGUACUCGGCCCACGCUCGGAGCGGGGUGUCGUCCAGUGAGGCUACGGAUUGGGAGUCACAGACGUCGGUGCGCUGUCUUGUCGGGAGUCAAUCUACAAGGACUGCGCACAUGGUGCUCAGUGUAGACGCAUCGGUCGGGUCGCGGACGGAGGCGUACAGCACGGACCUGCCGACCUCCAGCACGCUGCGAUUAGACAACGCUCCAAGCACGGGAGCGGCAUACGUCGUCAGCCUACAGGGCGAUAACCUAGGCACGUCAGGCAGUACGACCGAGGCCUUCACAGCGGAGGGGCCGGCGAUGUCGCAGCAGGAGAGACCCAACCAGCCUUCUUCCGGGGCGGCGAGCGUGACGGUAGCGGGGUCGGGGCUGGGGCUCGGGGACUACACGGGGAGGGCGCGGGAGGGAGGGACCGGGUGCGAGGCGACGGAGUGGGAGUCGGAGACGGCGGUGCGGUGUCGGGGCGGGGGCGGGGUCGGGCGGACGGGGCGGGUGGCGGCGACGGUCGGGGAGCAGGCCGGGUCAAGGACGGAGGCGUACUCGACGGACGGGCCGGCGGGGUCCGGGGUCGGGGCGGACGGGAACGGGCCGGGGUCCGGGGCGGCGAGCGUGACGGUAGCGGGGUCGGGGCUGGGGCUCGGGGACUACACGGGGAGGGCGCGGGAGGGAGGGACCGGGUGCGAGGCGACGGAGUGGGAGUCGGAGACGGCGGUGCGGUGUCGGGGCGGGGGCGGGGUCGGGCGGACGAGGCGGGUGGCGGCGACGGUCGGGGAGCAGGCCGGGUCAAGGACGGAGGCGUACUCGACGGACGGGCCGGCGGGGUCCGGGGUCGGGGCGGACGGGAACGGGCCGGGGUCCGGGGCGGCGAGCGUGACGGUAGCGGGGUCGGGGCUGGGGCUCGGGGACUACACGGGGAGGGCGCGGGAGGGAGGGACCGGGUGCGAGGCGACGGAGUGGGAGUCGGAGACGGCGGUGCGGUGUCGGGGCGGGGGCGGGGUCGGGGCGACAAAGACAGUGAUUGUGUCUAUGGAAGCUGACGCUUCGAGUCGCACAAGCGCCGGAUCGUAUGAUGCGGGAUCGGGAAGCGGCAUGUAUCGAUCGAACGCAGCUGCAAGCGGCUCGGCGAGCUCAGCUAGCUUGACAGUGCAUGGGUCGGGCCUGGGUGUCGCCGGAUACACGGGCUGGGGUCGGACGGGAGGAUCAGGGAGCGAGAGCAGCGAGUGGGAGUCGGACACAGCUGUGCGAUGUCGAGCGGAGCGGGGCCGGAGAGGCGGGUCCUCACGAGGGGUAGUGUCCGUCGGGGAGAGGCCGGGUACGGUGACGGAGGCACUCUCGUAUGAUCAGGCGAGCGCCGGUACAUCCACGGCUGCUUUCACGGCCGACAAGCCGUCGCUGAGCGAGGGGCUGGUGACCAACAAGCCAGCCACGGGCUCAGUCAGCAUCUCCAUGUACGGAAGCGGCCUUGCAUCCGUCGGCCACACCGGCAGAGCAGCGAUCGCACACACGGCCUCCGAGGCUACAGCGUGGACGUCAGAGUCGGCUGUACAGUGCAUGGCGUCUAGCGGACUUGGAGCAUCGAAUAUCGUCCUGGCAACGCUUGGGGUCGUAGCGGGGAGUCGGACGGAAGCUCUGACAGUAGACGCAGCAGCUGUGAGUGUCAUGAGCCCAGCAAACCUUGCAGGCACAGCCUCUCUUGUCAUGACCGUGUACGGGAGCCAGCUUGGCGCAUACGACGGCACGGGACAAGCGCGCGUGGGCUACACCUCGUGUGAGAGCACGCAGUGGCAGUCGAGCACAUCGAUGCCUUGCCGAGCCAGCGCAGGAGUAGCCGGCUCGACCCGAGCCUCGCUGACAGCGGGGUAUCAAGUCGGGACCUCGACCGGUAUAUUGAGUUUGGACUCUGACUUGAUAAGCGGCGCCUUGCGGAGGAACGCCGCAAGCUCGGGCUCGAUCAGCGCGACGAUUCAGGGGACCUUUUUCGGUCAUGCCGUGUACUCGGCCCACGCUCGGAGCGGGGUGUCGUCCAGUGAGGCUACGGAUUGGGAGUCACAGACGUCGGUGCGCUGUCUUGUCGGGAGUCAAUCUACAAGGACUGCGCACAUGGUGCUCAGUGUAGACGCAUCGGUCGGGUCGCGGACGGAGGCGUACAGCACGGACCUGCCGACCUCCAGCACGCUGCGAUUAGACAACGCUCCAAGCACGGGAGCGGCAUACGUCGUCAGCCUACAGGGCGAUAACCUAGGCACGUCAGGUCGGACGGCUGCCGGCAGGACGGGGCUCACAGCAUGCGAGGCCUCGACGUGGGUAUCAGACAGCAGCCUACACUGCCGAGUCAGUGCAGGGGCAGAAGGGUCUAGGCGGGUGACGGUUACGGUAGAGGAGGCAGCGGGGACCAGGUCGGAGGUGUACUCAUGGGACAAGGUACUAGCAAGCUCCCUGCUUGUCCGUAACCAGGCCGGCACGGGAUCGUCAAGCUUGAGCAUACAGGGGGCUCAUCUUGCCACGUCAUCAUACACCGUGCAGGUGAGGCUCGGACUCACAGGGUGCGAGGCGACCGCCUGGACAUCGGAGACUGCGCUACGCUGUCGGACGGCGGGAGCCGCGGGCGUGACAUUGCGAUUUUCGGGAACGGUGGAGCUCCAGGCAGGUAGCUUGACGCAGGCGCUGUCAGCAGACGUCCCGAGCUUGAGCGAGCUCACCAGGGCGAACGCGGCGGGGACAGGGACAGCGCAAGUGACGUUGCAGGGAGCCUUGUACGGCAGUGUGGACUACUCCGGACAGGGGCGGAUAGCGGGGACUGCGCAGGAGUCUAGUGCGUGGGUGUCGGACUCGACAUUGACCUGUCGCACUACACGCGAGGACAGCAGGCAGCGCCCGAGUACACAUCACGAUAGGCCAGGAGGUAGGUAG